UCCCCUUUUCAAAUUCCCAACUUCAUUUCUUGUCUGAAACAAUCAAUGGUUCGCAAACUUCCCGACGAAUACACUCCUCCCGCCUCUUCCAACGACGAAGAGUCCUCCGACGGAAGCAGCAACGCCACCAAUGAAGAGGAAGAGGAGAAAACUUCAUUGAAAAAGCAGAAGGCCGAUUCCGGUGAAGUUGGCUUUGGCUACGAGUACGACUCAGAUAAGUCUUUCCCAUCCCCUAAUGUCUCUGAUUUCACUAUUAAGCCUAUUGUUCCCAAGCCCAACAAGUCCGCUCCGAAGCCGAAGCAAUCUGCUAAUGAAUCAAGUUCAAAGAGAAAGAGGGCAUUGUCAUCUGCAUCCGAUGGUGGAUCUGGUGCCGUGAAGUCGCCAGUGAUAGUUAGGCGGUGGAGUGAGGCUGAGGAGAUCGCGAUCUUGAAAGGUUUGAUCGAGUACAAAUCAAAGGAAGGAGCCGACUCUUUUAAGGAUUCUAGUAGCGGGUUUCUUGAUUUCAUCAAGAAAAAGUUCGAAGCCGACGUGUCAAAGACCCAGUUGUAUGAGAAGAUCAGGAGACUAAAGAACAAAUACAAAGUAAACGCUGAAAAGGGGCAGAACGGGAAUGAACCUGGUUUACCAAUUUACCACGUUCGCAAAUGUUUCCAGCUAUCAAAGAAGAUUUGGGGAAAUGAAACUAAUGAAAAGAACAACAAGACUCGAAAGAAAACGAAGAGUUUGAGCAGCGCAGAUGAUGACAAGCCCCAAACGCAAACAAAGGCUCCGUGCAGUGAAGAUGGAAGCAAGACUGAAGUUAACGGAGGAGAGAAUUCUGGGUUGCCUGUUUCUAUAAAAGACAAUGAACAAGCUUCUAAAUCCUCAACCCAAAUUAGCUCAGGUAAUAAAGAAGAUAAUGUAGAUUUUUGGAAGGAUUUCCCGUUCUUGAAGGAGAGUUUAGAGACGGACUUCACUGAAAGAUGGGGGGUUGCGGGUUAUUCUAUGUUGGAGGAAAUGGGGAGGAAAACCGAUGCUGCUGGUAGAGAGAAGUUGAAGCAAAUGGAGAAGGCGGAGAAGCAGCUGAGGAUUGAUCGAUUGGAACUGUUUCUGAAGAAGGUAAAGUUUGCUCAGGAAAUUGCUGAAUCCGUAUUGAACUCUAUCAAAGGUACUGGAGUUUAGGUACAGAUUUCGGGUUACUUUUUUCCCCAUU